CAGGACCCAAAGCUUGUGUUUACUUCCCGCAGUAAUUUGACAGGAAAAUGGCAGACGAGGUGUUGUUUGAAUUUCUCCACAUGGAGAUGGUGUCACAUGUUUACAAGGAGCAGCAGUCCAGUAAAGGAGAACUGGACAACAAGGACAGAGCUGUCUGCGUCUCUGUCCUGGAAGGGAUGGGCUUCAGGGUGGGACAAGGACUUAUUGAGAGGUUGACCAGAGACUCCCCCAGCUUUAAGGAUGAGUUGGAUGUGAUGAAGUUCAUCUGUAAAGACUUCUGGACAAAAGUCUUCAAAAGACAGAUUGACAACCUCAGAACGAACCAUCAGGGCACCUAUGUUUUGCAGGACAACAAGUUUUCCCAGCUGACUCAGCUCUCUAAUGGGAAACAGUACCUGGAUCAGGCUCCUAAGUACCUCGCCUUCUCGUGUGGUGUGGUGAGAGGAGCUCUGUCUAAUCUGGGUCUGGACAGUGUGGUGACCGCUGAGGUCUCUGUCAUGCCGUCAUGUAAGUUCCAGGUCGUUGUCCAGAAAUUGUGACAUGAUCCUCUCUGCUGCUGUGGUGCUGAUGGGCAGGACUCUGUUGAUGAAAGGUUCUGCUAAUCCUAAAGAGAAGAUAGUAGUUCCUGUUCUCCCACUGAGCAGUGCAACCACAGAGGGGAUCAAACACCACCCUGACUUUCACUACAGGGCCAAACAGGACUGGCAAGGUUCUGCUAACAACCAGGUACAGUGCUGUACCUAAGGACAGGGCCAAACAAGGGUUAGCCAGGUGUUACUUUUUACUUGUGCUAUAAAGCAAACAAAGCAAGAUUUUAUUUUUUUUCCCUUUUACAUCUUGUUUUUGGUAGUGGGUUACUCCCCAAUUAAGCUAAACAACAUACAUUGCUUUAAUCCUCUGUUUUAACUAAAUACGUGGAGCCGAGUCCUGACUGAUCCCAGGUGGCUGAGAAAUGUUGGCUGUCAGUGGCUGUGAACACAAUAAUGUUAAUGUGAUUGUAUAGUUAAUGUUAAGGUAAUUCAGUGUUUGUAAUGUGUUGCGGUUUCCAUGUUUAUUAGGAAGCAAUUGGAAAUGAAUUGAUGUAUAAUGAUAUUUAAGGUCGUAAUGAUUCCCAAUCCAUCUCCUUUAGCAUCCCUCCAAAUAACUAUGUAAUAAGCCUUUACAGAUGGCUCUUCAGAUUCAUAAUUUCCACACUUGUCUCUCUGCAGACUCUUUAAAGAAGGUGUAACCAGCUCCUGGUGCUUAGCUCUGCCUUGUUGCAGAUUGCCUUUAGGAGCUAGGUUUUUCCUGUAUGCUGGUGGUCAUUAACAUUUCUGAUCAUUCAAUGGCAAAAUGCAAAUCUAAGAUGAGUCAUUGGUACAGAAAUGUAACUGUAAUUCUGUUAUAUUGUUAGAUAUAAUCAUUUCUGGGCUCAGCUUUAUACAAAUUUGACAGUUAAAUAACAGCUAUGUAGUGAGCAUUUCAAGCACCAUGCAGACUGGGUUUACAGUUUAUUAUUUGUUCUAUAAAGAUGUACAUUCUUAUCCUUUGUACAGCAUUUAUAUGUAAAUGUGCAGCAUUGAGAGUUACCUAGCUAAGCUAGAGGCUAGCUAGAGUUGCCAUACAAUACAUUGCAAAUGUGAUUCAAUCAAGUUGUUGAUGCUCUAAAAUGAUUAAAAUGGAUUUCUGGGU